AAAUUGAACAGCACGACACUGCAGCUAUAUCAAGAGCACAUAUAUUGACCCCAACAUAGGGUUUUGCUAUAUCCAGUUAGUACUGAACUACAACCAUAUUGACGAAACAGCUAUAAUCACGAUGGUGACGUCGGUACUGAUGUUUGUAUGGACCAACUGGGUGUCAAGUCUGAUGACAGUGACAUUGUUGACCUUAAUAACAAUAAAGUACCUAGAUUCAAGAAGGUGGAAGUUGCCACCAGGACCAUUUGCUUGGCCAGUGAUAGGAAAUGCUUCAAUCUUCAAAGCUACUCCCGAAGACAACAGUGGUGCGAAACGAGUUUUGGCAUUGACAAAGAAAUACUCGAGUGACAUUGUCUCAAUUAAACUUGGAACGCAGCAGGCAGUGGUAAUGCACAACAUAAACGAUGUUAAAGAAGCGUAUGCAAAAGAAAUAUUCAACGAUAGACCCGACGGAGUGAGAUUGGGAUUCAAAGGAAUUCUUGGUAACGAUGGGCAACAAUGGAAAGAACAGCGACGUUUCGCUUUGCACACGCUUCGAGAUUUUGGACUUGGAAAAAAUAGAAUGGAAGCCGUUAUCCAAUCGGAACUCGACUAUUUCGUUACCGAGAUCUCACGUCACAAUGGCGAUCCCUUCGAUCCGACAGAUCUUGUCAGUAACGUAACGGCAAAUAUCAUCAGCUAUCUGGUAUUUGGGCACAGGUUUGAAUAUGAUGAUGCAGAAUUCCAAGAAAUGAUACAAAUGGUGUGUCAGUUGUUUCAAUACGGAAGGAAAGUUUUCUUAGGAAACAUGGUACCGUUGAUAAAAUUAUUUCCGUAUUAUACCCAGGGGAAAGCUAAACUUGACCAGUCACUGGAUAGACUAUUCAAUGGUAUAUACAAACCUGAGUUUGAACAGCACUUAAAGGAAUAUGACCCAAACAACAUAGAGGAUUAUGUAUCAGCUUUCAUUAAAGAAAUGAAACAACAUGAAAAUUCAACAGAACAACAUUGGUUCACGGAGGAGCAGUUGUUAUAUAACAUCGGAGAUCUUUUUCAAGCUGGCACCGACACAACAGCAGG